GUCGUCCACCAAUGUCCACGAUGAUGAGCACUCGUUUUGUCGGCUUAGCACCGGCCUUAAGGCGUGCGACGUUCAGAUCUAGCUUGGCCCGAAACCAUGCCCUCCUCUGCAACUCUGUCUUCAAACGAGGAGUCCAAAUUGAAUUUCAGCAACCUGCAAAAGCGAAUGAUAUUCUGAAUUCGCAGAGACUCAAGCGACCCUCUAGUCCACACUUCACCAUCUACCAACCUCAGCUCACCUGGUACGGAUCGAUUGCCAACCGCAUUACUGGGACAGCUCUCAGCGUCUUAUUGUACGGUUUCACUAUUUCAUACGUUGUUUUCCCGCUGGUCGGUGCGCCAUUCAGCAGCACAGACGUCAUUCAGCUCGUUUCCACGCUCCCUGAGGGUGUUAAAUAUGCUGGAAAGGCUCUCCUAGCUGCACCAUUCGCCUUCCACUCUUGGAACGGUCUCCGUCAUCUUGCAUGGGAUAGCGGUAAAUUCCUUACACUGAAAGGUGCUUACGCGACUGGUUAUGCAGUUCUGGGGGCGUCUGCCGUCACUACUGUCGCCCUCGUGCUCCUCUGAUAGUCUAACUAGCUCGUCAUCGGCAUACUUUAUCACAUGUAAAAGAAGCUAGCUUGCAAUGUCCAAAAUGCCUUUAUC